CCAGGACAGCAGCAGCAAGUGAUGCCAUCUGUCUUAUCAGCGCUGAGGGAAAACCGUUGAAAACCGUUGGAUAUCUCAAGAAAUAGAAGGGGGAUGCAAGCACUUUUUGGUGAAUCACUAAAAUGAGCUUGAUUUGUAUUUUUAUCCGCAUUUUUACAUUUUACGAGUGACUUCAAAGUUGUUUUCUAUUUUUUUUAAUUGUUUAAUAUAGCCUAUAUUUUUUUAUUUGAAUUGCAUUGCUUUCCCCCCCUAAUGGAUGGAAUUGAAGGCGAAUGACGCACCACACUGAAAUUAUUUAAAUGUUUUACGUGUUCUAGUGUGGAGGCAUUUUGGAGUGGUCGGACAGCCCACGUCAAGCUCUAGAACCUUUAGAACACCUGAUUCUUCUGUCGAUAACACACCGAUGCCAAGUGGAACUCUUUCUCUCUCUGUUUACAUUUUACUCUCUUAGGCAAUUCAUCCACUGCAACUUUUUCAUUUAGCUCACCAGACCAGACGCACUCUUGUUUAGUUUUUACCCCAAGGAACUAUUAAAUCGUUUUUCCCUUUUAAGGUUUUUGAAAUGACGAGCCAAAGUACUGAGAGAAGUAGGCCUCUAGGGACUCUGGCGUUGCUCCGUUCCGCUUUGCUGUUGGGUCUUCUUCACAUUGGUGCACCAGAGGCGAGGAGGCUACGGGGCAGCCGCGCGCAACACCGGAGAGCCUCGGCCAUGCCGUCCCCAACGUUAACAUACAGGGACCGGGUAGUAGAGGGGACCGGAGCCGGUGAGAGCUUCCCGUUAGACUUCACCGCUGUCGAGGGGAACAUGGACAACUUCAUGACCCAAAUUAAAAACCUGGCGCAGUCGCUGUACCCGUGCUCGGCGCAGAAGCUGGACCAGGACAUGAGGCUGCACUUCUUGGACAAUUCCUCUGCGACGUGUAACGAUGGAUCUCCAGCGGGGUACUACAUCAAGGAAUCUAAAGGCAGCAAGAGAUGGCUGAUAUUCUUGGAGGGUGGAUGGUACUGUGUCAACAGACAGACUUGUGACACCAGGUACCAGACAAUGAGAAGAUUCAUGAGCUCCCUCAAGUGGCCACGCACCAGAACAGGUACAGGUAUUCUGUCUCCUCAGCCAGAGGAGAACCCCUAUUGGUGGAAUGCCAACAUGGUGUUCAUCCCAUACUGCUCUAGUGAUGCCUGGAGUGGAGCCUCAGCAAAGACUGACCAAAGUGACUAUGCGUUCAUGGGCUCAGUGAUCAUUAAGGAGGUGGUUAAUGAGCUGCUUACUAAAGGACUGGACAGCGCUAAGGUCCUGCUACUGGCUGGGAGCAGUGCGGGGGGUACAGGUGUACUACUGAACGUGGACCGUGUGGCGGAGCACCUGGAGUCCCGGGGACACGGGGAGAUUCAGGUCCGGGGUCUGGCUGACUCUGGCUGGUUCCUGGAUAACAAGCAGUACAGAUCUACAGACUGUCACAGCACCAUCAGCUGUGACCCUAUUGAGGCUAUCAGGAGAGGAAUCAGGUACUGGGGUAGUGUGGUGCCAGAGAGCUGCAGACAGACUCACAUAGGAGAGGAGUGGAACUGCUUCUUCGGAUAUAAAGUCUACCCCACGCUCAAGAGUCCAGUGUUUGUGGUCCAGUGGUUAUUUGACGAGGCCCAGUUAACAGUAGAUAACAUCCACCUGACUGGUCAUCCGGUCCACGAGGGACAAUGGAGAUACAUACAGAAUCUGGGCAAUGAGCUGAGGAACACACUCAAAGAUGUCCCGGCCCUGUUUGCUCCAGCCUGCCUAUCCCAUGAGGUCAUCACCAGGAAUUACUGGAUGGACAUCCAAGUCAAAGGAACCUCCCUCCCCAGAGCCCUACACUGCUGGGACCGUGGUCUCCACGACAACAACCUCCACCAAAGAUCCUCCAACAACGACACCCAUGGCAACAAUCCUAACCCCACCCCCAACAAGGCUCUGCCCCCAGCUUCGCCUCCGAGGCGCUGUCCUCUGCGUCUGAUUGACAGCUGCCCCUGGCCUCACUGUAAUCCCACCUGUCCCACUAUACGAGAUCAGAUCACCGGACAGGAAAUGAGCGUGAUCCAGUUCCUGAAACACAUGGGGUUUGAUGUUGCCAAGAUGGCCCAGCAACAGGGCAUGGACGCAGGGAAACUGCUGGGGAUGCUGAAUAACGGGAACUGAGCAGGGAGAGACUCACACAGGUAGCUGAAAUGAAACGCUCACACACACACUCUGACACAGCAGGGCCAUAGAACGCUUUGGUGGAGAUGAACGGAACUCAAUGCAACAGAAUAGAAACAGAACUGAACUCUAAGCAACAGGACUGAACUCUAAGCAACAGGACUGAACUCUAAGCAACAGGACUGAACUCUAAGCAACAGGACUGAACUCUAAGCAACAGGACUGAAGUCUAAGCAACAGGACUGAAGUCUAAGCAACAGGACUGAAGUCUAAGCAACAGGACUGAACUCUAAGCAACAGAACUGAACUCUAAACAACAGAACUGAACUCUAAGCAACAGAACUGAACUCUAAG